CAAAAUUUCCGGUCUUAUAUUGGCUUCAACAGAACUUCUAUAAACAGAAAGAAGACGAAGCAAGCGAGAGAGAAAGAGAGAGAGAGAGAUAGAGAGAGAAAGAAAAAAGAAGGGAAAGCAAAAGAAGAUACGGAGAAGAAAUAAUAGUCAAGAUGCCACUAACAAAGAAAAUUCGAUACAAUUUAAGAAUACACAAUGAGUUGGUCAGGGAAAUGUUAGCCGAAUUCCUUGGAACCUUCGUGCUUGGUGCAUUUGUAUUUGGUUGGAAUGCUGAGGUUGUAUUGAAAAGAAACUUAAAUCAUAACAUCUCCGCUGGUAUAGGCUUGUGUAUUGCAAUUAUCAUUGCUGGACAGGUUUCAGGUGGACACAUGAAUCCAGUUGUUACUUUGAGCUUUUGUCUGAUGGGAAAAACCAAAUUUAAGAAGCUUCUACCCUACACUCUAGCACAGACGCUGGGAGCUUUCAUUGUUGCCUCACUGCAAUACGGAAUACUUUAUGAUUCCAUGUCGUAUCAAAGUAAAACCGAAGGGUCAAAUAUUGAUUUAAAAAAUCAUAUAUUUUCUUCUUUCCCGCCGGAUGAUGUCUCCAUAAGAUCUGCUGUUUUGAACCAGAUUAUAGCUGCUUUUCUGCUUGUGAUUGGCAUUCUCGCCAUUUCUGACACUGAUAAUAUUCAAUACAAGCCAAUUAUGUUACCAAUAACAGUAGGAAUCCUACUCACGGCUAUCAUAGCUUCCUUUUCGCUCAACGAAUGCGCAAUAAAUCCUGCCAUAGAUGUUGCCGGAAGGAUCCUGCUUGCUACAAUAUCAGGAAACUCAACAGUUUUUAGUUAUCGAAAUUAUAGCUGGUUUUGUAUACCAGUCUUCUUGCCUUUGGUAGGUUCUGUUCUGGCAGUGGCAGUCUACAACGGUUUUAUUUGUAUUCACCGUCCAGAGAUUUUAACAAUCACAGCUGAAUUCAGAGACCAUCCAACUGCGACCACAGCUGAAAUCGGUGACACAAAGUUCUGAGAGAAAGCUAACAGUUGUCCAGACCAAGCCGAAAUCUUUUGAUGAGUGAUGCUGGCAGUUGUUGAAACUUGUUGUUUUUUCCCCCCUUUCCAAUAAUAAAAUACUGUUGGCACCACAAAAUGGUAUCUAACUCUGUGAA